CGCGGGGCGGAGGCUGAGACGCUGGUGCUGCCCGAGGCAGGAGGAAUCCUGUCUGGAUGUCUGGCGGCCAGCUAUGAAGCCGCCUAGUUCAGUGCAAACAAGUGAGUUUGACUCAUCAGACGAAGAGCCUAUUGAAGACGAACAGACUCCAAUUCAGAUAUCAUGGCUACCCCUGUCACGAGUGAACUGUUCUCAAUUUCUUGGUUUAUGUGCUCUUCCAGGUUGUAAAUUUAAAGAUGUUAGAAGAAAUAUCCAAAAAGAUACAGAAGAACUAAAGAGCUACGGUAUACAAGACAUAUUUGUUUUCUGCACCAGAGGGGAACUGUCAAAAUAUAGAGUUCCAAACCUUGUGGACCUCUACCAUCAGUAUGGAAUUAUCACUCAUCAUCAUCCGAUUCCAGAUGGAGGGACUCCUGACAUAGCCAGCUGCUGUGACAUAAUGGAGGAGCUUGAAAUCUGCCUUAAAAAUAACCGAAAAACCUUAAUACACUGUUAUGGAGGACUUGGGAGAUCUUGUCUUGUAGCCGCUUGUCUCCUCCUAUACCUGUCUGACACAGUAUCACCGCAGCAAGCCAUCGACAGCCUGAGGGACCUGAGAGGGUCUGGAGCAAUACAGACCAUAAAGCAAUAUAAUUAUCUUCAUGAGUUCCGGGACAAACUAGCUGCACACCUAUCAUCAAGAGAUUCACUAUCAAGAUCUGUAUCUAGAUAAAAGAAUUUCAAAUAGCAUAUAUAUAUGACCAUGGCAGAAAUUUGAGUUCUCUAACAUUUGUAUUGAGAUGAAACUACUAUUGUUAUCAAAUUGAAUGUAAUGAAUGUAGAUGUAUAUGUGCAGAUAUUCUUAAAGCUUUUAUUGACAAAUUUCACUGCGUCUCUUUCAUCUCUUACAGGAGAUAGAAAAACUGGUAUACAAUUUUCCUUUUAAAAAUGCACUAGCUGCUCUGUUGUAUUUUACCUGGAGGCAAUGCUGAAAAAAGCAUAUGGAAAAAUAUAUUUUUAUUUUUUACCACACUCUUACCUCAUAUUAUCGGUAACUACUGGGUAGCAUAUGACAUAGUAAUACAUAUGAAAAUUGGUAUGAGCAGCCAUGUUAAAAUUAUUUAAAUAACUCUUACCCUCUAUUCCUCUGAAAAUUUCUCCCACUGUUUUCUCUACUUCAUAGACAUACAGAAUUGUGAGAGAUCCUAUGAAUCAUCUCGUCACCUCCCUCCCAAUACCAGAUCAUCCCAACAGGUGUUUAUCCAGCAUUUGCUGGAACUUUCCAAUUGGUUCAGACAGCUGCUCUGUUUUUACAGCAUUCAUUUUUUCACCCUAGGAACUACACAGGAUGAAUUUAAUCCCUCCUCCACAUUUAUUUUAUAAAAGCACUUAUCUACAGAUUAAGUCUCCAGUUCUCUCACUCCUUCACUUCACUCUAUGCUUAUGAACAUGUCUUUUUGUCUUUAAAUUCCAUGUUGAGCUACCGAAAGUAGUCAUUUGUAGACAAGGAUCAUACAGUGAGUCAAAGUUAAGAGACCUCAGUGGUUUCACUGCUGCAGACUGCCAUGGCUCUCUUGGCUACUGGUAGUCACAAACGUGACCAACAGUCAGAGGCACUUCCACACAAGACAAAGCAAAUUUCACUACAUCAACGCUUAAUUUUAAAUAAUCAUACAAUUACCAAAAGUCUUACUCUGUCUCUCAAUCUUCUUGCUCUGAUGGACUACUUUAAUUUCAUUAGAGAAUAAAACAAUUACUAGUGCUGUUUGGGAACUUCAGACCAGAGAGCCAGCAUGUACCAUAAUAUAAAAUCAAUGUUUUAAUACUUUUAUAUACAUAGUGCUUCUAGAACUUAAGGUUUUAUAAGACUAUUAAGGAAGGUGGGAGAAUCGCAUAUCCCUAGGGAUUUCUUACCCAAGGUAAUAAAUGCCAAAACUUAUAACUAGAAAGUUAUUUAUUUUUUUUAAAGUACAGGCUGCAAUAAUAGACUGACCUUCCUCAUGAUUUUGGUAUUAUAACCAAAUACAGUUUAAAAAUCACAACAUUCCAUUAAACUUUAAACAGUCAUUGAAAUUGACAUUACCAAAUCUUAUAUUAGCUUUCUCCCAAUAUAAACAUAUAGCUUACUCAUGAAUACUUAAGAAAAUGGAAGAUAAAUAUUGGCAUGGACUAAUCAAAUCCUUUAAUAAGCAACUGAAUUUUCAAAGUGCAUGCAUCUCUUAAUUUCCACUGCAAGUGCUUGUUAAGCGUUCCGCAUUUAAAAUGCUUGACUAAACUAUUUUAAUACUAGGUAUAAGGAAAAACAUCAAUUAUUCCAUAACAAAGAAACAUGGGAUGUCACUAAAAUAUAAUUAUCCAAUUAAGUUUAAUAACUGUAAUUCCAACAUUCUUGGAAAAGGAUUUUCUCUGGUUAAUCUGCAGGACAGCCCUCAAAACAAUGGGGGAGGGGAGACAGAGAGACCAGCUAGAAUCCUGGUCAUACACAAGCCAGUUAGUUGCUGAAAUAGAAUCAACACAAACUCAACUGUUAUCCACAAACUACACAAGGGAACAUUUGAGACAGUUUUUAUUAAAUAUACAAAAGCAAAAUAAAGCAAGCAAGCUCUAAGAAGGCAGGACGACAUAAGGGCACUGUCUUUGGAUGGUGUACAGCACCAUUAAGGUUAACUUAGAUUUUAAAUCUAAAACAAACCAUGAGCACAGAUGGCUAACUAUAUUCGGUGUUUCCCUUAGUAAUUUUAAGACCUACCUAGUCAUCAAUUUAUUAUUUAAGAAAUUUUUCUUCUCCAGAAUAUAAGAACACGAUAACCAAAGAAAUUUAGGAAAGCACUGUACGAUGAACGUUAACGUAUUCAUUCUUUUCCAUGUCAAGAUGUUCUCUACAUCUUCCACAAUGUGUAUUAAUGAAACUAAAGUAGGGUAAAACCUUCACUCCAAUCCCACAGAUCACCUUAGGUGGUUAAUACUAUUUUCCAAAAACAAGCAGAACAAGCAACAGAGUUGUUUACUCCUUUUAGACAUUUAGCUUUAAAACCAUUAAUUUUAAUCAAAGUAAAAUUGUUCUAAGAAAGCUAUUCAACAUAUCCAGAAACAGAACCCCAUUUUCUCUCUUAGCAUCGCCCCAGAGUAUUAGUUCAGAACCAUCUGCUAAGCUACAAUACUAGUGCCAGAGACUCAUUAGCUGCUGGUCUGACCACAGAUCAAUGACCGGUUUGAACAAAAGAGCUUAAAUUAUUCGACAUUACUUUCUUUCCCCUUUGAAAAGUGUUGUUUUAAAAUAUUUCGGCUGUCAAAACUUCUGAUUUCCAAUUAUACUGUACAACUGAUUAUUGAGAGAUGCACAUUUUAAAUAAGUAACUUAGAUGAAAACUUUUAAAUAGAUUAUUUUAAUGGGCUUGAUGCUGCUAUGCUAUAGCCAUACCUGAAAUGAAAGCCCACCCUCCUCCAGGGUGUAAGAAGAAAUCCACAGAAGUCAUUCUUUGUACUAUGGCAAUAAUAUUCCAUGAACACUGUUCAGAAAUAUAUAUAAUUGGAGGAAAAGAGACGUGUUGUAUCAAGGAAAAUAAUUUGCUAGUUUCAAAGUGUAUCUAUAUCUCUUAUUUCCUUGCUAUGUAAUUAUCUGAAAUAUUUUCAAAACAUGUUGAUCUGCAGAGAAGAUGACAGCUAUUAACAUAAGUGGUCCUCAAGUUGGAAAAUACUGAACAGGCUUUAAAAGACACAUACUACAAACUGCCAUGCACUCUGUUGCUUUGUGUAAGACCAUUACCUGGGUAUCUAAACUUGACUGGUAGGUCUGGCAUUUCAUGGUGUAAUCCAUGAGCCUUCUCAAAUGCUUCAGUAAUACCUGGUAUGUGUCAAAAGUGGAUCAUCUGGUCAUUUCCUAUCUAGUGAUAGGAAAUUAACCCCCUUCCCAUGAAAAGUAAUUCAAACUUCAAACAAAUUAGCAGUUUAUGUACACCCAACUCUCCUCUAUCCUGGGACAGGGAGUGGGUACUAUCAGUUGAAUACUGUGAAAAUCAUCAAACAUUAUUAAUUAAAUUCAGAUUCAGGCAUUCAAGUAAGUUUCUACCCCUGUACCUCCUUAACACUAAUAGGACAUGUAGGCAUGAUAUAGUAUUAUAUAGUAUUAUUAUAUAUAGUAUUAUUACUAAGUAGAAUAACUGCUAAAUAGACUACAUUUGUUAUAUAAGAUUUUUAAUGCAGGAGAAUCUGUACCAACAGCAAGGAGUUGCUGAUACAGAUAAAAACCACAGUGUGUUACACUAAUGGUUUCAGAGAGUUGGAAUGCUCUUAAAGACAAAUCAAAACACAUAAUAGCAAAAGUAAUUGUAACAAGGGAAAAAAGAAUUCCUAAAUAAACAGCUGUGGCUACACAGGGUGCAGUCUGACUAAAGCUGGAAAGGAUUACAAACCCAGGCUAACUACGUUUCAGCUGGGCAUGCAGGAAAAAUAGAAAUAUGGCUAGGGCCACCCAAACCAGAUUAAAGGGGGGAACAGAGCAAACUCAGAGCAAGGGAAAGAACAAGUGGGAUACUGUCAAAUGCAAAUAUUAUGUUUCUGCUUUCUCUUGGUAAGUGACUUAAUUUCAUAAAACACUGGAAAAGGUAAAGAUGAGUAGAUAUUAUGAGAGCAUCCAGGUACCCAAUCACAUGCCUAGGAACUAACAGUCUACCACUGAGAUGGGUGAACCUCAACUGUCAAUCAUCUUUGAGGAAUCAGCAAAGGCCUACGUAUCUAAUUUUUGAAGCAUGAGAAGGUGGCUUCCACAAAUUACAACCAGUAAACCUUGCAUUAAUCCUGGAGAGUAUUAUGGAAUACAUUAUUAAAAGUAUGUUAACUUAAAGGAAAGUGGUGUUUGCUAAGAGACAGCAAGGGC